CCUGAUGGUGGUGGCGCUCAGAGCCGUGCUCGCCAAGGGCCUGCAGGACGUGUCCAGGACCCUGGACAAGGAGCAAGGCUGGCGCCUUCUGGAGGAUCCCCGCAGCUUCCCCGAAGGUGUCUCCCUGCUGGCCAGGGCUCUGGUGCAGGUGGGCGAGGCACCACUGGACAGGAUCCUGCAGCUCCUGUCCCCGUCCCUGAGCUCCCCGUGUGAGGACUGGAGAGUCACUGGCACAGCCUUCUACGCUGAGCUAAUGAGUCACCCCGUGCUGUGGCAGAGGAAGCUGCUGAAACCUGUCUUGAAGCACCUGGUGGCAGGGGCCAGCGACGAGAGUGACACCAUCCGUUGGCUGGCAGCCCGUGGGCUGGGGAACAUGCCCCAGGGGGCACCGCAGAAGGUGAAGAAGCACAGGCAGCUCCUGCUGGACACCCUGCGCCGCCCCUUGGCUGAGCCCAGCAGCCCCCAGGUCGUGGGCGAGAGCAUGCGGGCCCUGUGCAAGAUGCUGGAGCAGCUGAGCGAGCGUGACAUGGGCCGCCUCUACCAGCCCAUGGCUGCGCAGGCCCGGGCACACUUCCCACACGAGGACGGCACCGUGCGCGCGGCAGCAUUUGGCCUGUUCGGGGCCCUGGCCAGCUCGGCCCACCACAAGCACCGGCAGCUCUUCACAGGGGAAGUGAGGAGCAGCUGGGCCGCUCUCAUGCUCCAUGUGCGGGAUCCAAGCCCCGAAGCAGCCACGGCCUGCUACACUGCCUUCCAGGUGUGCGCCCCGUUCAUAGGCCUCACGGGGCUCGGGGGAGCCUUUGACAGUAGGCUCCUGACAGGCGCCUCCGGGGAGAGGCACGAACACUUGAUGGGACACGUCUGCAAACAGCUGGCCCAGAAGGACCCUGUGCUGCUGGACAGUCUCAUCAUUGAGACCUGCCUGCACCUCCACAGCCACUGGGAGGGGAUCAGACUGGCAGCAGCCAAGCUGGCAGGGAUCCUUGCAGAGAACAUGGAGGCCCAGCAUGUCCAGCAGCUGGAUCUGGGAAAGCUGCUGUGCUCCCUCCAGGCGCUGCAUGGUGACCCCAGCACUGCUGUCGAGAUUGCUGUGGCAGAAGCUGUCAGCACCAUCAGCCAGAAGCAGCGGGUAGCCCUGCAGGAGCCAGGUCCCAGCCACACAGGCCCCAGAGGCCGAGGGAGACUGCUCUUUGUGAAGAAGCUCUUCAGGAGGAAGGGGAAGGGGAAACCCCUGGCAGGGCCCCUGGAUGCCACAGAGUCAGAUAGCAUCUCCAGCAGCUGAUGUUGGAAGGAGAUGGGUGCUGCUGCCAGAGCAGAGGAUUGGGGCCUUUGGAACCGAGUGUUCCCCGCACUCAAGGGACUCUGGGCAUUGAUGUGUAGAUAUGUGUAUAUAUUCUGUGCCUUUCCAGCCGUGGUCUGGGCUUUGCUAUCUCGUCGGAGUCUGAGUCCAGGGCCCCAGUCAGUCCCAGCCCUGAGUCAGCAGGAGCUGGGAGCGUGGGCAUCUCACAGACUGGGCUGCUAAAGGUGCAGGAGCCAUAAAUAUGGGAACCAUGGGGAAAGUCCCCUGGCACAAUUGAAUGCCCAUGGGGUGAGAUGGCAGCUGGGUGGGGCUAUUGGCCAGGUGAGUCGCAGGCCGGCCUGUGCCAGGAAAGGAGGUUGUGAUUUAGCCAUGGCUUUUUCUCUAGAGAGUGUCCUCCCCUACCUUUCCCUGCUCUCCUGGGUGAAGUCCAGCUCCUGCCAUUGACUCUGAAAUGCUGCUCCGGGUAGGACAGUGCUGUUGCAUGGGGGGAGCGCAAUGCAAUUCUACCGGGGGAUUCUCUGCUACUUCCAGGCUCCAGGGUUUACUUAUUUGACCUGAUAAAAGCUCCUUUGGGGCUGUUCUUUUAAACCCCAAACCCCUCUAAAGAGACUCUCUCAGCCUCCCUUCCCCCACACCGUCUCCCAGCCUACUCCCACCCUAUCAGGCUACCAGAGGUUAGCAGAGGCUCAAGAAGUGGCCACCAGCACUGCCUUGCUCUGCUGUGAUGGAGAGAGAAGCAAGCUUCACGGACCUUAGGGCCUAGGGGACAUUUUGACCUGGAAAAGGCUAGUGUUAGGUGCUGUGUGUAACACUGGCUCUCCGUGCACAUCUGUCCCUGUGGCUGUCUCAGUGAGAGCAGCAGCCCACUCCUUCCAGCUAAGGAAUCAUAGAGGGGUAGGACUGGAAGGGACCUCGAGAGGUCGUCUAGUCCAGUCCCCUGCACUCAAGACAGGACUAAGUAUUAGCUAGACCAUCCCUGACAGGUGUUUGUCCAACAUACUCUUAAACAUCUCCGGUGACGAGAUUCCACAGCCACCCUAGGCAGUUUGUUCCAGUGCUUAACUACCCAGACAGGAAGUUUUUCCUAGGAAGUCCAACCUAAACUUCCCUUGCUGCAAUUUCAGCCCAAUGCUUCGUGUCCUAUCCUCAGAAUUUAACAAGAACAAUUUUUCUCCCUCCUCCUUGUAACAACUUUUAUGUAUUUGAAAACUGUUAUCAUGUCCCCUCUCAGUCUUCUCUUCUCCAGACUAAACAAACCCAAUUUUUCAAUC